CUUUGGGUUCGCGCCGAAUCAUCGGGUUUGCGAACGCAAGCGACAGGAAGCUUGCGCGACACAUAAUAAGAAUUGACUUACCGUAUUAAAGUACCUAAUUACGUAACGUAGUAUCCAUAAUGGACGUUUCACGAAAGCUCCAGGCGGCUGGAUAACAACCACCCGCUUCCCGGCAUGCGCGCAGCAGGGACAGCCAAAACGGAGGCCGUAAAGGAACAGAAGAAUGAGGUAAGCGUGAAAGUAGCAGUGUCAGGGAUCAUAAACUCGUCAACUACAGAUAAUGCGAUGUAAACAGCGAAGCACACUCCUCAUUCACUUUUGCCGCCUCGUCAGUUAAAGAGAAGCCGCGUGACGCAACGCGACGAAAUACUUCGCGGCGCAAGAACCGGGAGUUCCGAGAGACUGCGUUUCGAAAGCUAUUAUCCUCCAGCCGUAAGAGACCAGGGAGGACGGUAGUACCCUUUCGUGUGACAUAACCCUAUUUUGUUCCAUUUAAGUUAGCUCCCGGCUUCCACGGUUUCGCCGUCGCUCGCCCUAACGUCGUGCCCGGAAAAUCGCCGUUCAGUGAGAUUCGCAUCGCAAACACGCAACAAUUUUUAUUUUCGCUGGAUCACUCAACUGUAAAUCUGCUUUUAGCAGCUAAACCUGUGUCUUGAUAUUUGUUUUCAGUGAAAAAUACGAGAGUAACGCCGUGGUGAAUUUGAAAUAAAAAUGGCAAAAAUAUUCAAAGCUCUAUUUCAAUUGUGGCCUCAAUGGUUUGCAACUCUAACAGUAUGUCUAUUAAACAUCAGUAUUGGUCUCGCAAUCGGUUGGACAUCGCCUUAUUUAGCACAACUAACCGGUGAGAAUCCGCCGUUUCCCGUAACGUUCGAAGAAGGAUCCUGGAUAGCCUCUCUAUUACCACUCGGACGCCUCUUAGGCGCCAUCAUUGGAUCUCUCAUUUUAGAAUAUAUCGGCAGCAAGAUGUCUGUUCUAUUCACGGGAGUGCCGAUGAUUUUCAGUUGGAUUUGCAUAAUAUGUGCCAAUUCCCCUUUAUGGUUGUACGUCUCGAGAAUAUUUUCAGGUAUAUCAAUGGGAAUGAUAUUCAGCUGCUACCCGAUUUAUAUCGGUGAAAUUUCCGCACCAUCGAUCCGUGGCGCCUUGGUGUGUGUAAUUAUCAAUGGAUUGCCCAUAGGCACACUUUUUGGUAAUAUAAUGGGUCCCAAUAUGCCAAUGAUGUAUUUCGGUAUCAUUAGCUUGAUAAUAACGAUAUGCUACAUGGCUAUUUUUCCAUUCCUGCCGCAGACGCCGUAUUAUUACGUGCGACACAAUAACACUAAGAGAGCAGAACAAGCCGUUCGAUGGUAUUAUCGAAAACCUGAUGUAAAAAGCGAAAUAGAAGCCGUAGAACAUUUCGUCAGGUCAACAAGUGCGAUGAGCAUGAAGGAACGAUUAGAGCAACUAAAAGAGCCCAAAAAUCGUCGCUCUUUGAUAAUGAUAAUACUAUUAUUUAUGUUCAUGCAACUCAGUGGAUUAAACACUAUUGUAUUUUACAUGGAGAUUAUCGUGAGAAAGGCAAUGGUCACAUCAAUUACGCCUUCGACCUUAGUAAUUAUCGUCAGUGCAGUCAGUAUAAUUAUCGGCUGGAUGGGGGCAAUUGCCAUCGAUCGUUGCGGUCGCAGAAUUUUGUUAGCGAUAUCAUCCUUUGGCGUGAUGACCGGUAUGACAUUGUUAGGUUUACACUUCUUCCUGAUGGACUACGACUACGAUCCGAGUAAUCUCGAAUGGUUGAUGAUCCUAUCAUUCUUGAUGUUCACAACAAUGUGUUUCGGACUCACACCGGUGCCUAGCACAAUGUUGAGCGAAUUAUUUCCAUCCGAUCUGAAAAGUAUAGCUGGAUUCGUUGGGAGCAUCACGUCAGCAGUAUUCGCAUUUGUCGCUUCGAAGACGUAUCAGCCGUUGGUAGAUAUCAUCACAGAGAAAUACGUCUUUUGGAUCUACGCAGUGAUCAUCAUGAUCAGCUUGAUAUAUUCGCUCACCAUGGUGCCAGAGACAAAAGGAAAAACGCUGCAGGUAGUCGAUCACAUAUUGUAUAUCAUUACGAGACAAAGUUUUAUUUUAGAUUCGGCGGAUAAAAUAUUGCAUGUUAAUCAUUGCCAAUGUUAAUAGGAAAUUCAAGAUAUGAUGACCGCAAGAAGUGCCACUCAAAGAUCAGAACAGUCACACGUUGAAAAUGUUCAAACAUAGUAAAUUAUCUAUAACUCUUUCAGAAUUUAGAAUAAUUAUUUUUACUGUAAUUAUAAGAGAUAUAUAAUAUAGAAAAUAUACUGAAGUAUAUGUAUCAUAUACUUUGUUAACAUUGUACAUGUGAUUUAUAUAAAUAAUUAUAAAAAUAAAAGAAUUUUAAUAUAAAAAAAAACUGAUUACAAAAAAACUGAACAAAUCAACAAGAAGAUUUAAUAUUGAACAUGAAUGAUAAUUUAGAAAUAAAAAAUUGGAAAAAAGAUGAAACGGACUGAACAGAAAUCGUAAAAUUUCAGUUAAUUUAAAUGAAACAGUGUUAUUUCAACUUUUCUUCGUGUAUGCAAUAAAAUAAAAUAAAAAUAUCAGCAAUAAUCCCGAUAUAUCUCAAAUUUAAUUUAAAUAAUUAGAACAUAACGUGUAAAAUACGUCAGUAUUCUUGAUUUAUGCAUAUGUAUACGUAAUAAAUUUUUAAAUUAAAAUUUUUGAUUCAAAUUAUACUAUUAUUACAAAUAAAUUAUAUUGUUUAUAUUGUAAUAAAAAACCAUUCAUUUGUUAUUGUACUCGUAUUCUCUAAAUCGGAAUCAAUGUAUUACUCAUUGAAAGGCGGUAAACAGCCUUUGAUUUCAGUGAUAUACUAAUUAUAUCAAUCCGUGAUUAUGUACUGUCUUUCAAUGAUAAGACACUGAUUCCGAUCAAUCAGAGACCCCUCUCUUAAGCUGAAUCAUCGAAAGACAGUAAAUAAUCACUGAUAAUCACAAUUAUAGCACUGCAAAUCAAUAAGAUUUCACUAAUUUAGAUUUAGAGAUAUAUUAAAAUGAUAUACGAUUUCUGCAAUUAUAAUAAUCGGUCAAAAUUCACUA